AUGACCAGCCUAGAGUUUAUCAUGGACAUGGAUGUUGACGAGGAGCCGAAGGGCAAUAAAAAGGAUGGCGCCUCUUCAAUUCCCGGUUCCAGACGGGAUCGAGACCUAGCCUCAGAUCAUGCGAAUCCUGGAGACCAUCGCGACAGACUCACUACAGCCCCAAAACAACGGCGUGGUACCUCAGGACGGCAUACCAAGUCUUCAACAGCGGCAGCGUCCUCGUCAACGGCGUCGUCGAGCUCCACUGCUCGGCCCGCUCCCGCUCGUCGACAUAGCAACACUAGCAACGACGAUCACGACGACGACGACGAAGAGAUGUAUGCACACACUUCAGGGUCCGGGUCAGGAGGACAACAACCAAACCGGCCCAUGGGGAACCCUCCUGGGGCCGAGAUCCCCAUAAAGUUAACACCCAUCACUGGUCGCGUGAGCAGGGCGAAAAAGGGAGUGCCGGUUCACACGUGCGAUAUCUGUAGACCGCCCAAGACGUUUACUAGAGCAGAACAUCUCAGGCGUCAUCAACUCAGUCAUCAGACACCUGGCUAUCCGUGCACAUAUCCCGGCUGCGAUCGAGCUUUCCACAGAGCAGACCUACUGGCCCGUCACGCAACACGACAUGAACAAGAUGUGGGGGACAGAGGCUCCUCAACGGGCGGCAGUCGACGGCCGUCCACCCCCUCGAUGAGCGAUGGCUAUGGCAUGCCUCACCCAAGACAGCCGUCUCAAGGUCCAAUGGCACCGCAGGCACCUGCCAUGCAGCAGGAUCCGGGUUCUAGCUACGGUACGCCGUCGUACCAUUAUAACACAUCCGGGGGCGGGUCCACGCCAAUGUCUCCUCCACAAGCGCGUGGCCGGCAGGACAGCUACCAAUCUACAAAUUCAAGCGGCGCUCCAGGAUAUACGUUAUCAACACAGAUCCCCACCAUCCAACAGCCCAGCCUGGAAGGCUCCCCCAAUGGUGAAGUGUACCACUACUAUCACACACCGCGAACGGAGUUUCGAAACCUCCAGGUGGUGACCCAGGGCCUCCCGAUCCCGGACAACAACCCUGGCCUCCUGCAUCCCAACGGCUCUCCGUGGGAGUCCAACUCGGACAGCAACUUCUCCACGCCGUCUAACGAGAGCUACAGGAGGAGUAUCCUGCCGGGUUAUGAGACACCUACCUCUGCGUCAGAAUAUCAUGUCGGUUCCUUUGUUCCAAGUUACCCUCCUAGCUCCCAAGACCUAGAGGUCAUGACCUCCGCCGCUCCGUACUUUUCCAACCCUUGGUCGUCGCCGCCGUAUUCUACGGCGAUGAUGGAUCCAGUUUUGUCUAUUUAUCAAGAGGACUCUACCAUCCUCGAUCACACCUACCCCCCAUUUUCUUCUGUUCGUAGUCCGACCCCACCGAUCAUAACCUCGUCCGUUCAAUCGGCUGAAUCUUUAGUCACCCUCGCCCCGUUUCCGGACGCGCAGGCAGUAGCAGGGCGCUACAAGGACCAGGCGGCCCUCUUGGGGACUCUCUCUGGGGCCGCCUUCCUGACGGCGGUCACUCUGCCGCGACCCGUCCGCAAUGCCGUCCCCGACUUUCUCGAAGUGUACUGGAGGCGCUUCGACACUCUCUUCCCCCUAGUCCACCGCCGGACCUUUGAAGCCGCGCCGAACGAGGUGCUGCGCUGUGCUAUGGCUGCCGUGGCCACGCAGUUCCUCGACGGCAAGGAGGAUCGCCUUAAGGGCAACCAGCUGCAUGAGUGGGCUUGGCAAGAAGUGAGACGUAUCCCCCAAUGGAACGUCCAGACCAUGCAGGCGAUCCUUCUGUGCGAGUUCUUUGCCCGGUUCCGGGGGAGGAAAGCAGUGAUCCGACCGUCGUCGCCCUUCCAGUCGCUAUACUCGAGAGAUCAUCUCUUUAGCCUUGUUCUGUCUUCUCCGUUCUCCCAAUGGCACCCGUACUCAACGUCUCCCUCACAGGUCGACACAACUCAAGACCCCGAAUCUUCUUUUGGAUCUACAGCCAGCACCAGCACCACUUCCACUGGAGGAUCGCACGCUACCACUCUACAAGGACGCUGGGCCGAAUGGAUCGAAGCAGAGGCCCGCCGGCGGCUCCUGGCCGCGUGCUUCGUAUUGGAUGUCCAUACAUCCGUGUACUAUGAAUUACCUCUAAUGCAACCUUUCACCAACCCGUGCCCUCCUAUUCCCUUGACCGCAGCCGGCCAGGCUCUCUGGACCGCCUCGACGCCGGGGGAGUGGGAAACCCUCCGGACUGCCAGGUACCAAGCACCGGAGCCAGCGGUGCUGACAGAGGACAUAAUCACCCCGGAGAGGAUAGCCAAUGCGCCACCCCUGGAUCAGGCCGUUUUCCUGGCAUCCGAGGCACUACGACUCCCCAAGACGUCCGGAGCCCCGGCCGUGGAUUUCUCCAGGUCCCCAGACCUGUCUACCGUGGAGCGACUCCUCAUGCUCUUCCCCGGAUCCGCGGUUGCCAACACGUACGCGGCGCUGCACUACACCCCCCUGCACGACUUGCUCGCGGUAUCAGGCGACAGCUGGCUUUUCACGCAAAAGGUGCUGCCCAGCCAGAGUUUCCAGCAACACCAGAAGCAGCUCAAGCAAUGGAGCAGCAGCCCUCGCGCUGCCGUGGCGGCCAAGUUUGCCUCCCGGGCGCUCCUCGCCUUCCUGAACGUCAACGCGAAUGAGUCGCACCACAACAGCAGGGCGUGGAACAAGAAUGACAUCUCGGACUACUGGGCUGUCUACGUCUGUGCCCUGAUCUGCUGGGCGCUCGGCUACCAGGCGACCAGGGGCACCAACACCAGCAGCAAGAACAACAGCGGCAACGGAACGGCGGCGGCCCAACACGAUAGUAGUAAUGUUAAUGAGGCGGCGGCGACGGCCGAGAGCGAGGCCGAAGCGCUCCGCUGGCUGCACAUGGUGGCCGGGUUCGAGACAGCCGCCGACAUCCUGGCCAGCGUCAACCUCGGCGGCCGCCGCGUCAUCAUCGCCGUCGUGGCCAUGGUCAAGCGCCGGCUGGAGGUCGAAGCCAUCGGUGGCCGGAGCCGGCUGCUUGUCGACGCGCUCGGGGUCCUCAGAAAGCUCGAGGAGGGCGUCAACUGGAAAUGGUUCUGA